AGUAUUAGUUUGAAGUUCUAGAAGGUGAGUUCUCUUGCUGUUGUGGUACAACUACUGCUACAUACGUAGCGGCCCCCGUAGAAGUUGGAUACAAAUACAAGAAGUGGCAGUGUGUUUCUCUUUAGAUCUUGAUCAACAGCGGCAGUACAAUAAGCAAGGCGCGCGUCUUCAACAACUACACGAAAAAUCAUGCAAGAGCACGAAAUCGAUAUCGAACGACCGGUCGAGUCCAAGAAACCUUCUGGUGCAGAAGGAGCUCCUCCAGACAAAGAGCUACAUCUUAUCAAGUGCAAAUAUGUCUUUGAUCCUCGUUCUGUGAUGCUGAGUGAAGCUGAAUGGUCAUAACCUAGAACAGCCUUGUAGUUCCUAGUGCAGCUUGUUCAAGCAUGGCAAAUAUAGCGUCUCGGACUCGCUUUCUCAUGCAUAGCGGGCACUACAAACUGCGUUCUUUUGGCAUGACGCAAACAAAAAAGGUCGCGCUUUUAUUUUUCAUGAUCAUGCAAGAACGCAAGAAAAUUCAAAUUGACACGAAUGCAAGACCUUUGUGAAGAGCACUCAUUUGGUGGUUUUUCCUCGUCUUACAUCUGUUUUUUAGACGACAGUGAGGUUUAACUGAAGUGGGGCUCCUCGACAAGGGCAUGAUUUUGUGCUGUUGUUCCGCGCACUGGAUAGUUUAAACCUAAGAACUUGAGUGACUGCUCAAAAAUCAAAAUGCUUUUUCAAAAAUCGAAAUCAGAACAAAAAAGCGCAUGACAGAAAUGAAAAAAUUGGCGUCGUGUAUGAUCCAUUGAUUCUCAUCAGGUCUCGAGAAGCAUGUAUGUCAAGAUCUUGUAUUUUUAAAGUCACCAAAUAGAAAUUUCAACGAAGAGUCAAGAGGUUGUAGCUUCUUCAAUUACAACACGAAUGCAUAGCAGCACGACAAGCAUAGCACAAGUUUGACACAACUUUUCCAGAUCUAGUACUUCGCUUCGAAGACAUAUUUGCUCCUGUGGAUACAUCAGCUGAAGCAACAUGCCCCAAGUGAGGGUACCGAAAAUACAUGCAACAAGGCCGCAAAGGACGAACAGCAAGUAGAUCAACAACAUCUUCCAGAAGUUACAACAGCUUCAUCUUCUAAAGAUUCCUCUUCUGCGCAGGAAACAGUGCUAACGGAGGAACUAAACCUCAGUGCUAGCGUCGCUGCAAAGGAUAAGGAAACCGAAACAGAAGAAACAACUACUAAAAAUACAACUAGCGACACAAUCUUGUUGGGAACAGAUAAAAACAGCAACACGGUGGACAAUAAGACCUGCGAAACAUUAAAAAUGAGCAGUGAAGAGGCCAAGGAACAGGAGCCGGAGGUUGCCUCCACGACCGCUAAGCGCCCCAAGACCGAAGAUGAUUUUGGUGAAGAGAAACCGGUAGAAAUGCAGGGUGACGAAGCCAACGGCGAGGACGACAUCCCCGCCGCCAAGCGGCCCAAGACGACCGAUCUUGCUCAACCGAAAAGCAAGGCGGCAGCGCUAUGAACUGCGAAAGUAUCGUGCUCGUAUAAAUGCAUUACAAAUUUCCUCAGCAUGAGAGAUAAAAUCUGUAAUGCGAAUUUACCUUAAGAUAUAAGAUUUGUAAUGCAUGAUAGCGAGUACAACUUUUGCACAGGAUAAGCGCCACGAGUUUUCAACUUCUCGAUUAAAACCGAAGAUGGGGACGCGGUAGGACUUAUCAACAUGAAAGAUCCCCCCUAUCGCCCAUAUCAAAACGGAAAUUUGUGAUGCUGAUUUGUGGUUACAAAUCAUCUUUGUCUUGCAUAUAGGCUCAUAGGAGCCAUUUGACGCAUUCAUCCAGAGCAAGUCUGUCAUGCGCUUGCGACUUAUGCAAACCUGUUUGCCAUGCGCAAGUGCUAGCCUUCUGCAUAGUACCCAGACAGGCUCAGAAAAUGCCGCCAAGCACUUUCUGCAAGACAGAUCUGAUCUGUGUACGCAAAUCCAGCAUCAGAAACUUCGUUUCGAUAUGGGGCAGGGGGAUGUUUCCUCUCAAUAGGACUAGUAACAGAAGCCGCCGCUGAGGAUCCGAAUGAAGAGGAGAAUGGGUCCUCGUUGCUAGGUGGACCAAACAUCACGAAGGCGAAGUAUCAAAUGCAAAAAUGUCUGGGUCUGGGAGGAUGGAACUUGUCAUGCUGUCUUUGGAUUCGAAAAAAAAUUGCAUUGCGUAAGGAGCAAGAGGAGUCCAGUUUAUGCUACGCGGAGAGGGUAUUCGUAUUCCUCAUGCGGUAUAGGCAUCAGGAAGCCCUCGCAAAAUCUAAAUCUCUGAUGCUAGGUCAUGCACAUUUUGCAUGGACGGUCCAUGCAAAAUGUACAUGACAAGUGCUUCGUCGAUCGAUUGUGCCACUAGGGCCUAGGGCCUUGUGUUCUGGCUACUCCGGAUCGCAAUCGAUGGAGGGCGGGACCUGCACCGGCGACAGGCGCUAUCCAACCAACCAAGUGUUCCAAUCUUCCAGACCCAGACAUUUUUGCAUUUGAUACGAAGGACACUACUACCAGUUCCAUGGACCUGGAGGAGGAGCAAAAGGUAUGUGUUUUUAACGUGUAUAAUCGAAAUCGUACCAUUGUUAUUGUACUAAAACUGCGGAUCAUGGUGCGCAUGCGGUACAACUACUUCUUGUUGUUUUCGACCUCUAGGAUCGCGAACGAAUGCAGCUGCACGCGAGUGCUGGUAGUUUGAGUCGGUACUAGAUUAUAUGAAGAUCCACCGAGUUGUUGUACUAAAAGAAGCAGUAACAGUCUAGAUGAUAGUACAACAUGAUGCAAAAUGAAUAUCUAAAACUGAAUCUUCGAUCGUAGUUUCAACAUACUAGAAGUACAAAAACUCUCACAUAACAGUCCCAGAUGGAGCAAUUGAUUUUGCAGAACCAGCAACUCUAUCCUGUGCAAAAGUAUCGUACUAGUAUGAAUUGCAUAUACAAAAAAUUGACUUGGCAUUACAAAUCGACUUUGUCAUGCGGAUUUGCCUAUAACAAAAAGAUUUGUAAUGCAUAAAGGCAAUUAGUACGAGUGCGAUACUUUUGCACAGGAUAAACUCGCAAUGGCCAACAUGAACAUGCAGAUGAUGAUGAACAACAAUCCUAUGGGUAUGAUGAUGAACAGCGGGGGCAUGAACAUGGGUGGCAUGGUAUCCUGAGUAAAAACGUCCCCACCCCAUAUUCAAGUUGGUUAAUCUGCAACACAAAUCUCCAAGUUUUGAGAGUUAUGCAUGACAAGUAUCCAUCUGUUGUGUAACGCUGUUUAGCAAGGACAGCCGCAUCACAAAGACGCCUGCUCAUCCUGUUUACAGCACUACAAACCCCAGAACACGAGCGACUACAAAUUCCUCUCUUGCGGAUGUGCAUUGCAGAUUUUUCUGUAGAUGCCAAUCUGCAUAACAACUAUGGGGCGGGGACGUUUUUAAAUAGGAUAGAUGGGUGGCAUGAUGGGCGGCGGAGGCCAGGGGAAAGGAUAUGAGAGUGCUCAAUUUUUACUUCGUCCCCUCGCUCUCAUUUGUAGUUCUCAUGCAAAAUUUAUAUACCAACUACUCCACACUUUGUCAUGCAACAUCGGCAUUCUUGCCGACGCUUGCACUAUCGCUGUUUGUGCAAAAAUUGAAAUGAGGGGGAGCAGGCGGGGGAGUUGAAAAAGAUGUGCACUCUCAUAAGGUUAAGGGAGGUGGGUUUAAUAACAACAAGGGUAAAAACAAUUAUGGCGGUGGUUGGAACAACGGCAACGACUGGAAUAACAACAAUUGGGGGAACAACAAUUGGGGAAACAUAUGCUGUGCAAAAGUAUCGCACUCGUAGUAAUUGCUAUCGUGCAUGACAAAUAUCGCUUUUUUUGGAAAAAUAGCAUGACAAAUUGCAUUUUUCUCCUUGAAAAAAUUUGUGAUGCAAUUUAUACGAGUGCGAUGCUUUUGCAAUGCAUACAACAACAAUUGGGGCAACAAUAAUUGGGGAAACAACAACUUCAAAGGAGGCAAGGGAAAAGGUGGUCAAGACAUGUCAGACAACCCAGCAGUGUUGGAGUCCAUGAGUCACCCGAUCAACCAAAAUCCCCCAGCAAACCGGUCGAACGGCAUCGUCAAUAUGAAGUGUGCGAAAAGAUGGGGUAUAAAUGGACUAUACUGUUCUUGUUAUGCAAGACAAAUUUCCCGUACAUGUACAACAUGCAUCACAAAUUUCAUCAAUUUGGAGCGUAAAACCUGUCAUGCUAAACUAGUAUCGAAGCUAAGUUCUGUCAUGCAGAGACCGCAUCUGUACUUGUACGGGAAAUUUACUGUGGAUACUUGUAGACUUAGAUGUGAGUAGUUGUGUCUGUGUGAACAGAGUGAUGCUCAGUUUUAGUUGCGGUCGACACUGUGGCUGUUGUACAUCCAGCGGUGUUUGCUGAUUCUGAAAAUGACUUGCACAUCAAAAAUAAGAAAAACGAAAACCACCCAGAUGGAUUACAGAAUGAUGUAAAUAUACGAAUUUCUAAAUUUUCUACCCCUCCCACAGAGCGUCCGGAUUCCAAGCCGGAGAAUGUACUGCUAUAUGCAUUGCAAAAGUAUCGUACUCGUAUAAAUGCAUUACAAAUUUCCUCAGCAUGAAAAAUGAAAUUUGUAAUGCUGAUUUGCCUUGAGAGACAGAUUUGUAAUGCAUGACUGCAAGUACUACGAAUACGAUACUUUUGCACAGGAUAUGCUACCAAUGGAUGCGAAGAGCCGGUUCGAUGUGGCGAUGCAGGGAAACCCGAUAUGACUUGUAAAAAUGUCUGGGUCUGGAAGAAUGCGACUUGUCAUGCUGUUUUUGGACUCUAUAAAAAAUUGUAUUGCACGACCAGCAAGAGGGGUCCGGUUUGUCCUACACGGACAAAGCAUUUCUCAUGCGGAAGGUGCAUCAGUAAGCCCUUUAAGAGUCUAUGAUGCUUGGCCAUGCAUUACAGGCAUCCUGGAUCAUGAGAAAUCUGCAUGACAAAUCUUGCACUCUUCCAGACCCAGACAUUUUUGCAUUGGAUACCCGAACUUGGGGUCUUACUCGGUCAAGAUCGUGCCGAACAUUCGGCAUCCGGUAUCAUAUGUAAAAACGUCCCCAGCACGAGCUUAUAAAUCAAGUUGGGAACUUAGCAACACAAAUCCAGAAGUUUUGGGAUCCACGCAUGACAACUUGCAGUCCGUAGUGUAGUCGUGUUUGCUAGCAAGAACAACCGCAUCACAAAUCCAACCGCUCAUCCUGUUAGCAGCAUUACAAAUGCCACAAUACGAUUGGAAAUGCCUCCCUCGUUGGGGAAGAUGCGCAUUGCAAAUGUUCCUGUAAUCGCAAAUCUGCAUGACAACUCUGGGGUCGACGUGGGGACGUUUUUACACAGGAUAACCGACGAGACGACCGGAAAUCAUCUGCUUCUUCUGUCCCGUCUUCAAACAGCCGAAGGGCAUAUCAAAUGCAAAAAUGUCUGGGUCUGGAAGAUUCUAAGCUUGUGAUGCUGUCUCUGGAUUCUAAAAAAAUUUGUGUUGCAUGACCAGCGAGACCGAGAGGAAUCCCGUUUGCGCUACGUGGAGAGGGCCUUUCUCAUGCGGUAGAGGUAAUUAUAGCACAAAGCCCUUCAAAAAUCUGUGAUGCUAGGGCAUGCAUCACAGACAUCAUGCGCCAUUCAAAAUAUGCAUGACAAUCUUCCAGACCCAGACAUAUUUGCAUUUGACAGGGCAAGGGCAAGAACAAGUACGGAAAGGCUGCUCCGAUGGAGGGACAUCCGGAUUUCAAGUACAUUGGCGACAAUAUCGACUUAUCCUGUGCAAAAGUAUCGUACUCGUAGUAAUCGCAAUCAUGCAUUACAAAUCUAUAUCCCAAGGCAAAACAGCAUGACAAAUUCCAUUUGUCAUGCUGAGCUAAUUUGUGUUGCAAUGACUACUAGUACGAUACUUUUGCAGUUCAUACGACUCGGUACGUACAUAGUACGAAUUGCUAUCGACUACUUAUUUGAUCGCGUUGUAGAAGAUGAGGAGAUGUUUUUAUGAUACAUAAAGUGGUCGUGUGCUGAUCGAUGUUGAAUUAUCGUUCCUGAAUUGAAGUAUAAUAUGCAGAUCAACAGCACUUGACCAUUUCUUCAUCCCCACUGCUCUACUUCAAAACUCCUACUAGAACAUCAACCCAUCGUGAAAAUACAAUUUUAUCAGUUCACCGAAUCGCUGGACGAGUACAUGUACAACCCGUUGGGUGGCGGUGUGGCCAGUUCUUUUUCGAUAUCCUGAGGAAAAACGUCCCCAACCCAGAGUUGUCAUGCAGAAACGCAAUCACAGGAAAGCUUGUAAUCCGCAUCUCCAUAUUAAAAGGCAUUUUCGGUGAUGUUCUGGAAUUUGUGAUGCUGGAAACAGGAUACGAGGAUAGCUUUGUGAUGCGGCUGUCCACCUUGAGCUUGAUUGUAACCCCCAUUACAAUACGAAUACGGAAAAAUAUUAAAACUUGUCAUGCGUGACUCGGAAAAUCUCUGGGCUUGUGUUGCAGACGAGUUCCCAAGAACCUGACUAUGGGUAUUUCGGGACGUUUUCACUCAGGAUAUUCGAAGGACUUUAUCCAGACGGAAGAGCAGUACUCGGAGUGCCGCGGGCAGUAUCCAAGAAGAAAAAAAGAUUGUAGUUGUAACUUUUUUGGUCAGCCAGCAUUACAAAUCUGUCUGGCAGUGACAGCAAAGUAGUAAAGCUGUCAUGCGUGACAGCAUUACAAAUCUGUCUGGCAGAUAGCACGUGCUGUUGAAAAUGAAAACGUAUGCGCAUUUUUGACUCUACAAAGCAUUGACCCUACUUAGCAUGACAGACGCAACCAUCUUACAUGUCGCGCAUCACAAACUUCUUGCACCUACAAUUUUUUUUUUGUUGGAUAGGCAGCUGCACAUGCGGGAAACUUCGCUGAACGAUGAGUCUUUCGAGAAACUCAUUGACUUUUUCCUGCUGAAGAAGAUCGAGGUAUUUUUUUGACUAAUUUUUUUAAGCUUUUGAAGUCUCUUUCGAUUUACUUAUCGAUUUUUGAACAACAAACGGAAACGGGACACUUACCGAACUCCACGUUUAUCGUUGUUUAUCGUAGAGAACAAAAAAUUGGAGCGGCGGGGGGAGGUGUGCAACUUGUGCUUCUUCUGUGUCUCGAUGAUAAGAGAAGUUGACCCGCCUCGCGGCCGAUAAUCGACGCUGCCCUUUUGAAGUUGUGCACAACAAGUUGUUGGGCGGAAGAAUCAAUCAAUGAUAAGUAGCGCGAGAAAAGAAGGAAUAUUUUAAUCCCAGAUCUCCGUGUGGCGCAUCGACGGGAACUUGUUGACGACCCUGGAUCCGUUGAUUAAGUACAUCAAGCAGUGGAAGGUGAUGUUCCCCGAUCAAGAGAUGAAGUUUCACGAGGUCCACUGCCACGACAAUUACAUCACGAGGAAAGGAGUCAUCGACUUUAUCACGGUCCUGCUCGAAGAGUUCAAGGUAGCACUAUCAAAUGCAAAAAUGUCUGGGUCUGGAAACUUGUAAUGCUGUGUUGGAAAUAGUGAAUGCUCUGUAAUGCACAGCCAAGCAUCAGAAAUAUCUGCACUUCUUUGUGUUGCGUUUUUCGCAUGAGAAACUGAGUUUUUGCAUGACAGGCAACGCGGUUUCUUCUUGGACACGCAUCACAAGCUUUUUUGUCAUGCCAGACAAGCAUGACAAAUCUCGCAAUCUUCCAGACCCAGACACUUUUGCAUUUGAUAAGCACCGGCGCGGGACGACUGGCGCUACCAACACUGCAUGAAAUUCCGCCCCCUGUGGAUUGAUAUCCUUUGCAAAAGUAUCCUACUCGUAUUGCAGUCAUGCAUUACAAACCAUCUUCCUAAGGCAAAUCAACAUUACAGAUUUUAUUUCUCAUGCUGAGGAAAUUUGUAAUGCAUUUAUACGAGUGCGAUAGGAUACUUUUGCAAUGCAUAAUUGACACGGACCGGGUGCCCAUCUGGCUCCGCAUGGGAGACAACACUUGCAGCCGGAAUGAACCGGAGCAGACUGUGCUGGAAAUCGAUGCUCUGCACGAACAAUUUUCGGACCCGACUACGUCAGCAGAAGCCAUCUGCUACGGUAAGGAAAUCUAAUUUAAUGAGCUUUCUCCAUUGUCAGCACGACCGCGACAAGGUGUUCUUUUUGUCUGCGACAGCGUAUGAUCAUGAUCAGCAUAUCAUGGUUUCGUUCUGCACAACAUCCACACUCACUGAAAUUUUCCGAAAUGAGUUUGCGUAUAACAAAGAUUUUCACUUUCGAAACUUUCGAAAAACAAAAAUGAUCAUCUACUCAGUGGGCUGCGAGGAGUGUACCCACCUGUGCUGCCGGAAGUUUUCCGAAAACAUUUCGCCCAUCGUAUCGAAAGGAAAAAUCCCCCCUCCCCAUAUCGAAAACGAAAUUUGUGAUGCUGUAUUUGAGGUCACAAAUCGACUUGUCAUGCUAGAAGGCCAAGAGCCGCAGUCGUGGCCUCGUUUGCAGGCAAUUUGUCAUGCUGUUUCCCGCUCUCAGCUGCCUCCUAUCAUGCUGAAGAUGCAAGGCUUGACCACGGCACCCAGCACUACAGUCCGCAUCUUUUCCCGUGUAGCAUGACAAAGCUGAUUUGUGACAACAAAUCUGCGUCACAGAUUUCCGUUUUGAUAUGGGGAGGGGGGAUUUUUCCUUUUGAUACAUCGUGCACAUCAACGGAUUGACGACGCGUCCCCCGCCGAGCUGGCAGUAAAUCAUUCGAGGAAUGUUGCGGUGGCGAAAUAUUAAAGGGAAGGUCUUUCAUCUUCAUCUACGGUGGUCGCAAAAAUAAUGACUUGAGUAACCAAAUGUACGGACGACACGGAGGUAGAAGUUGCUAGUGGUGGUGGGCGGGGAAUAAAGCAGUUGUAGUAAAAGCAGUUCUAGUAGUUCGAGCGACCGCCUCUGCAGCCGCGGGUAUUUUUAAAAUCACGACGAAUUUUCUUAACAAAACAGCGUCAAGAAUAAACCGAAUUUCAUCUUCGUAAGGUGCACGUUUCUUGUUCGAGAAAGGAGAAAGACGUCAGGAGUCAGACAACUACCUCGAGAGGACAAGAAGAGGAGGCAGCGGAAGGAGUUUCUUGUCGAGGAGAAAGUUGGCGGACGACCAGCAGGAACAAUUAUAUCGGAGGUUCUGCCUAUGCUUGUGCAACAUUGGAAUAAAGUUAAAGCGGUCUUGUGCCUGCUUCGUGAAUUUUUUUCUGCGACAAUAUGAUAAACUCGAGGAUGAAGUAGAAGAUAUCGAUUACAGUGGCCAACUCAACAGCUGUUGUGAGUACCUGUACGGUGAUGCGGAUCAUGUACGCAUCUUCGAAAGACGUACUUCAAUCGCAGCGUCACCAGAAUGUAAGCUUCACUGGUCUACUACUUCUUCUAUUCUAUUUCCACGUCUUAAAGCAUGAACUUCAUGCCUGAGCACAACAGAGUGUAUUUUUUGUGUGUGCUUCACCUACAGCUGUCGGUGUUCAUGAUUUUUCUUGCUGAUGAAGACUGAAAAAACUGGCGCUGGAAACAAAGCUCCUCGUGCUUCGCAAUAACUGGA